GCGAACGUCGACGCCCUCAGCAAGAACGGUUCCACCCCGCUCCUGGUCUCGGCGCGGGAGGGCCACACGGCUGUGUGCGACGCGCUGCUGCGGGCUGGCGCGGACGCGGACGACGGGGGCGACAAGGGCUGGACGCCCCUGCUGGUGUCUGCUGGCGAGGGCCACAUGGAGGUCUGCCAGGCCCUGCUCCAGUACCAAGCCAACCCGCAUGGAUUUACGGGGGACGGGCGCUACGAGCGCAGCGCGCUGCAGGACUCAGGGCGGCCGAGCAGGGUCACGCGGCCGUGGCGAAGCUGCUGCUGGAUCACCGCGCCGACCCCCGCCACAGCUACGACGAAGGCACCCGGCAGGUCACCGCCUACGAGCUGGCGGAGCGGAAUGGGCACUCGAAGGUGCUGA